AUGGCGAAGCCAACAAAUAACGUCUUCACAAAUACCUGGGUCUUGCAGGUCUUCACCAUGGCUGGCGCUGCCAUAGCUACCUUCCUGCGUGCGGCUCAGUGCAAUGUCUGCCUGCUGCGCUGGGGACGGGGGCGUCCACACAUUGGCGUGUCUGCUGCCGGGGAAAAGGGGCGCAAGCAGUCGCCUUCUCGGAUGCGUUUGCUGUUCCAGGUGGCGGAGCUGGGCUCUUUUGUUGGGGGUUGGUUUGUUUUGCAGAAGAAAUUAAGCACGCGGUGGUGUGGAGGACAGAGCCUGGAGGAGGGCAGAGCGUGGAGGAGCCCGGCGGAGAAGCCCCCUCGGGUGCCGUGCAGCAGCUGGUGUUGUGAAUCAGGCCGUCGCCAGUCGGAGAACGGCUACUUCACAACACCAGGGUCGCACCGCACCACGGUUCGACCGCCGUCCGGAGAGGAGCGGAGCUGCCUUCCCCUGGGCAGGCGGGGGAUGUGGAGAACCUCCCGGCUGCCUCUGCCCGAGCCCAGACCUGCAAAGGUUGAAAACUGUGGAAUUGGCAUCACUGAGAUGCGCAGACAAACAGCAAAGGACAGUGUCACUAACCAGAAAGACCGGCUGCACCAGCUGCCCUCGCCAUCCCGACCAGUGUGUAACUGGGAGGCUUCCCCCGGGGGACUGGCUCAUGGCAACACCAGCAGCCCUAAGGAACUGUGUUAUUUGAAACACAAAGUCUGCGUAAGCUACGGUUAUGGAGACAAGCGCAUUGCCCCUCAAUUCUGGCGAGCUUCUGAAGUGCUGCGGGCUCCGAUGAUGCUGCAGUUGAGGUCAGGGAAAGUGGCAACUGUCAGCAAGGUGAGGUCGGCCAACGAGGUGGUCACCAGCCCGCACUCUCUGGGUGCGGGGGUAGGAUGUGAGCCAGGGAGGAAGUUGGUAGCCAAGCAGAGUCCUCACUUGGCACCAAAGAAAAGACCGGAGCAGCGUUUAUCUUCCUGUUUGCAGCCUGCUGUGCUCUCCAGCUUCUCCUGUAAGCAGUUUGCUCCUCUUGUCCCCAUGCAGAAGGAGCAAGGUGAGAGUAGCCAGGGACUCCCAGGUGAAAAAAACACGGGGAUACAGUGCGGGAGGGCUGCCAGAAGCAAGAAGGGUGUGGUUCUGCCAAUUUCAGACACUGCUGUUUGUGAAGAUUGGCAGGCAGCAACCACAGCUGCAGCAACCUGCUGGGAAGAGACUGUGAGAAGAGGGACAGGACAAGAUCAACAGCUAUUUUUCUCAGGAACUACUUCGCAAAAUAAAUUCUCAGGAAGGAUUGAAAGGGAAGAACAUAGCUCAGAAGGACUUAACCUCUCAGGUUUCCAGGAGUGCUCAGAGAGCUCAGGAGAAAAAGGCAAAUACUCUUUUAUGGAAAUAAAAUUACAAAUCCCAUCCUCAGAGGAGGAAAUUGAGAGCACAGAGAGAUACGGUAUUUCCUGUUCACCAGGGCUAGAGGUUCUGCAACCCAGAAAGGACAAGUACAGUGUUGAAGUGAAAAGCACUGACUCCGUAACGAUGCUGAAGAUGCAAAUCCCAGAUCUUAAGAAGAAUUUGGGGUCUUGGGAAUCCUUGUCUGAACCAAAACCAAAGGAACAGGUAGCUAUGCCAGAGAAGUUGGAUGGGUGUUCUUUAAUUGGAUCAAAAAAGCCAGGGACACAGCAGAAAGGAAGGAGAUGCUUGAGGAAGAAAGGUGGGACAUCUCCGAAGAAACUAAAACUACAAGGUCCCAGAGAGAGGGGUAGAUCUGCUUUGCCAGAACUGCAUACACAUUGUGCAGAGUCCAAGAAAGGAGCUGUGAGUCUGAGGAAGAGGGGCAGAAGUACGCUGGUGUCACAGCAGCUACAGGCUCAAAGCAGCCAAGAGCAACCAGUAACCAGAGGAAGGGCGAACAAGCGUGGAAUGAAAGAAGAGCUGCAGAGCUCAAACCCUCAGAAAGGAGCAGGCUGCCUGGAGGAAAGUGCAAAGGAAAAAUGGGAAGCAAUUGAGCAAGGCUCCAGCACGCAGGCUGUGAAGAGGUGUAAGACAAAUCAAAACAGACCAGAAGAUUCCAAGGAAAAGGAACCUCAGUACUCUAAAUCUCCUACAAUUGCUACAUUAGAAAAGAAUCCAUUUGUGAGAUUAGAGGCCUGUCGUUACGUCAGUACGCUUGUGAAGUCUUCAGCUAGUGGAACUACCAGCAGUUAUAAAUUAAGUGAAUUCUUCCACAUAGCCCAGGAUAAAAGCAAGCAUGUUUUUCCUGAUGGUACUGUAGAACAGAGUCAUACGAAUUCCAGCACUAGUAGAAUGGAAGAUAAGGGAUCACCCAUAAACCAUGGUUUAUGGUUUACUAAAGAAGAUAAAGCUCAAAAUGGAGAAGGGUGUUUUUCAUGCUGUCAGAGUGAAAACAGUAAUUGUUUAAGGGGAAAAAAGCGGAGUAUUGGUAGAAAGCCUAGAAAAAAGAUGAAAAUCACUGAGAAAUCAGCAGUGCAGAAUAUUUUCACAGACAUGGCUAAUGAAUGCAGUGAGCGUGAGUUACAAACAGAAGCGGCAGUUGCAGUGUCAAGCUCCUUUGCAGUCUUAGGACUAAAUCAUAAAGAAGUUACUGUGUCAGCGUCAUGUGAUCAUACCUCAGAUCUUCAUAUAGGAAAAAAUACUUGUGAAGCACAAAAUAUAUCAGUCGGGAGGAAGAAUAGUACCAAAUUGCUUGCACUUGAAGAUGGCUUUAAGAAGACAUCUGACCUCUCUGUAAUAGCAAAAGGAGAAAAUUCAAACAGUGUGGCACAUGAUUCUGCUGCCUCGGGUAGCCUAAGAGUGCUAGCUCAGUUCCAUAAUGUUUCUAAUUGUCACAAAAGCAAGACAGAUGAAAAACUGAAGAAAGUUAAUACGAAAUUGCAGCAGUUUACAUGUCAAAGAACAGUACCUAUGACUGGUAAAAACGCCUGGCCUUUUGAAUCUUGUGCCAGGACUUCUGAGUGGAUUCAUAAAAAUCAUGGGCCCAUCUCAGAAGGAAAAAGACUUUUGAGGGCUGCCUUUGAAGAAUCCUCUGAUAAAAGCAGUGUUAAAGCUGUAGGAAACAGUGUCAUGACUGGGAAUUUGGGACAGUUGGAUUUGCAUACGUCAUUGGCAGAAAUUAACAAAGAAUCUACGCAUAAAAUAAUUGAUCCAAAUGCUAAAUGUCUGACUUCACUUGAAACGCCAGAAUCUUCUUCUGUGGGUAUUAAAGAGACUUUGAGAAUAAGCAACAAAAAUGUGGAAUCACCAGUUAAUAUGGAUAGAAGUGCUGUGGCUUUUAGGCAUAAUUAUGUGCAAGAAGUUAAAGCAACCUUGAAUUUUACAAAACAAAAAGAUAAAAAUAAAGGAGCUGUAACAGAAAGAAACCUGUCUGUGACGGUCAGGAAUGGUACAUCUAGAGGUAACAAAACCAGAAUAAACUUCAGCCGUAAAGUAUCAGUGGUGGACCAGACGUUUUCUGAUGUAAAGCUAAUGAAAGUAUUAAACACUGGGAACCUGAAAAAAUUCAAAAUUCCUUUAUGCAAAAACAAACGUGAAUCCAGGAAAUUGGAAUCUGUCCAUUCAUUUGAAAGAGAAACCCGUAGUCCACUAGAGCUUCUUGACAGCACUAGUGUUACAAGAAGGCAGAAAACGGGUGAAGAGACUUCUUUGGUAAAUUCUGCACAGCAGCCUUUUGCUAUUGUGAGCGGUGCUACAUCUACAGUCCCCAUGAAGAAAACAGCAGUUGUGAUAAACAGUAAGGACUUUAAGCGUGAUAGCCCUGAAAACCUUUCAAAUGAGAUAUUUGCACUCCCUGAACAUUUUUCUUUAUCUCCAUGUAAUUUUCUUGGUGAUCAGCUAGAGUCAUCUGUGCCUGAUUUCCAUGGUACUGAAUGUGUACUAAAAUCUGAUUUUCCUGAUCAUUCUUGGAAUGCAGCUGACCACCCUGAUGCGUUAGAAAUAAAUGAUGAUAGCAAAUCAAGAGGGAAUCUUUCACAACACAAAAGUCAAAAGUUUCCAGAUAUUCUUGAAGCUUACAAAGAAGAUGUUCUUGUCAUUGAUGUCAUUCAGGAUGACCCUGACCUUUUUGGAACCAAUAACGAAGAGGAGCUUGCACUUGCAGAGCCUGAAAAUUGUCCUGUGAAGGCGUCCAGUACUGGCAUCUGCAUUACAGAUGAAAAGCAGGAUCUUAAGCCUAAGUAUCCUGUUACCUCAGAAAACAGAGAUUCAGUAGAUGAUAAUUUUAGGUAUGCAUAUCAUUCGUUUUAUUACAAUAAUCCUAAGUACUUUGUUCUCAUAUCAGCUUCUUAUUCAGUCCAGUGGAUUCUCGACAAGAUUGAAUUGCCCCGUAAAUAUUGCAGAUUUUAUUUCAUGACUUUGUGUGGGUGUGAAAGAGCAAAAUGUUGGUUUUGGCAUGUUCCUGAUCAAGGGGAUGAAAAGAUUUGCAUGGCAAUACUUAGGACAUACAUUGAUAUUAAAGAUUCAGGCCUUCUAAAACGUGCAGUCCAAAUAUUUGUGAAAUACUACAGAGAAGUUCUUCCUGGUGUGGAUUUUACUUCUCAAGUGCUGAAUGAUCUUCUCGUUUCUUUGCUCGACAACUGUUUGUUGUGGGAAGUAUUUCAGAUAUUGAAUGUAACUGUACAAAUCAAUACACUGCCAGCUGUAGAUGUUCUUCUGAAAGUUUUUGAGCAUGUGGCUUCUUUGAAUGUAAGAGACGCUGUGCCUACAUUAAUCAGUACCUUUUGUAAGCUCAUUGAUGCUGGUAUGUUCCUUGAGUUUGAACAUUUUGACUGUAUUGUUAAGUUCCUUCACCAAUUGCAAGUUUCCAGUCAGCAAAUAAAUACUGUUUUGAACAUAAAAUCCAGAUUUCAGGAAAGAUAUUUUGAAAAGAACUGGCUUUUUGACUUCAGCUUGGCGGUGGCUGAAAUUCAGCAUUGCAAGGAAAAAAGUGAUUGGACCAAGCUGGGAGCUUUAUACGUUAAUGCGAGAACUGGAUGUGAACAUUGUGAUGAUCUUCAGAAGUUGUCUUUGUGUGUUGCCGAAAUACUAACCAGAGAUUCUGAGACAGACAGACCAGGAGUUCCUUUCUGUGAUUUUGCUGAUGCAGUAAUAAAAAAUUCACAACAUAAUGAAGGAGACAGAAUUUUCAUUGGAAGGACUGGGAUAAGUGUAAUGUAUUCUUACCACAAAGAACUGCAGUGGAUAAAGGGAAGGAAGGUUUUAGAUAAAUUGCAUGAGCUACAUGUAGAUUUUACAGUCUUGAAAGGACUGAAAGGUGCAGAGAGGUUAGCAUCAAGAUGUCAAAUUGUUAAUAAAGCUGCAGAAAUUUUUCUUAAAACUGGAAGUUUGGAUGGAGCGAUGUGGGUAUUGAGAGAGUCAGAGUGGACCACAAAUGGACUAUUGUGGCCCUGUGAUAAAAUGGACAUCCUCAAUCGACAUAAUCUGUUAUGUUCACUAGUGGACAAAUACUUGAAGAAGAGUUUAUACAGGCAGGCAUUUGAAGUUCUGCAGAACUUACCAGGUUUGCAAAAUUGUUCUGAUGGUGUAAAUGUUUCUCAGUACAGCUGUCUUUUUAACAAGCUGAUAAAUGCCUGUUUUGAGAGCAAGAACCUUGGGGUCUCGUCUUCUGCGGUAGACUUCAUGCUUUCAAAAAAUAUAGCUGUUGAUAUUUUUUUGCUUAGAGGAUUAAUCACAGCUUUGGGAAGAAGUUCUUUGUGGUCUAAAGCUAGGACCUAUUACAAAAGUGCUUUGUCAUUGGGUUGCUACCUGCCACUGCAGGGAAAUUUCUCUCACAAACUUUUGAUGAUUCCAUCUUACCUGUCUGAGGUUGAGAUGCUGUUGGCUGUUGAAAUAUUUCUUGUUUCAAAUGCCAGUGAUAUUCAAAGUCCAAUAGCUCCUAAUCAGACUCUUCAAAUAAUACUGAAAAGAUGUGAAGAUCAGACAGUUCAGAAUAACAGUGACUAUCAGGCGGCAGUGGAGAGACUGAUCCUGGCUGCUCGUUUAUCUGAUCCAAAGCUUUUUCUUAAGCAUACGACAAUGAAUGUUAAUAUGGAAGAAGUAUACAGCUUGGAGCUUACAUCUGCUCUAAAAUGGCUUCAGGAGAAUAUGAAAUGGGCUGGGGAAGUCUGGCUGUUUCAGUAG